UUCUGUGCCGGCUGUGAGGUUUCCCAGGUUGGGCUGUGAGGUACCCCUGAGUCUGCAAGUUGGCCCAGGCCAGGUGUGUCACCACUGCCCAGGCCUUCAGUGGCUUUCCAGUGCUCCCUCCACAUCCAUGUUACUCAGCCUGAUUUUUCUCAAGUUCCCCCGCUCGCUCCCAAGAAUGGCCCCUCCAGGCUGUCCUAGCUCCAGGCAGACAGGCUCAUUGCCCAGAUCUGCCCUGGGUUGUCCCCACCCCAUCCCCACCUGUCAUCUUGGCCCAUGUCCAUCCCGGAGAUCCCAACUGAAUGUGGGCUCUUUCCCUCUUAUCCCUCGGUCCUCAGAUUUGCCAGGCCACUCUUGCCUCCAGGCCUUUGCACAUGCUAUUCCCACCCCCUUGGCAUCAGCCACCCCCAGAUGCCCACCUGGCCGGCCCCUCACUUAUUGCCGGCUCCCUGACAGCCCUACAUAAAUUAGCGUUACUUCCCCUUCUCUUGUUAACCUUGCUUUGUGUUUCUCCUCAGUACUCAACAUUCGCUGUGUUAUUUCUAUACUUGUUUGUUUAUUGUCAGUCUCUUACCACUCAAAUGUAAAAGACUUUCUUCACCUCUGGAUCCCCAGUAGCUAGAAAAGUGCCUGGCACACAGUGGAGCCUUAGCGCUGUUGUUGGAUGAGUGAGUGAAUGAAGCACGGGAGCAUUAAUGUCCUUGCAGCACAUAUCCUGCUCCCUGUGCCUCCUUUUCCCGAGUCCCAGAGCUGGAACCUAGCUGUGUUCACAUUUGGAUCCUCCUGGAAUGUAGCACAGACCCUCACUCACUGAGAGCCCCACGCCUAAGGAACAGGAGUGUCACAACCACAGCCCCGAUGGGGACUCCAGUUCUGACUACGUGAACAACACCUCUGAGGAGGAGGACUAUGACGAGGGCCUCGCUGAGGAGGAGGAGGGCAUCCCCUACUACAUCCGCUACUGCCCUGAGGAUGACAGCUACCUGGAGAGCAUGGACUGCAACAGGGAGGAGUACCUGGCUCACGGCGCACACCCAGUGGACAUUGACGGGUGCCAGGAUGCAGUGGAGUAGACGGCCUAGAUGGGCCUGCACCCCCAUGGUCACGGGGCUAAAGGCAGCCAGGACUACCCUGAUGGCCAACUGUCCAUCACGGAGGAUGAGCCCUCUGUCAUGGAGGCCCACGACCAGGAAGAAGAUGGUCACUACUGUCCCAGCAAAGAGGGCUGCCAGGACUACUACCCUGCGGAGGCUAACGGGAACACCAGCGCUUCUGCCUACCCCCUGAGGUGCAGGGACGGGGACCUGGAGGACCAGGAGGAGGACAUCGACCAGAUCGUGGCAGAGAUCAAGAUAAGCCUGAGUAUGACCAGCAUCACCAGCACCAGUGAGGCCAGCCCCGAGCAUGGGCCUGAGCCAGGGCCUGCAGGCUCUGCAGAGGCCUGUCCACCCAUCAAGGCCAGCUGCAGCCCCAGCAGGCACGAGGCGAGGCCCAAGUCGCUGAACCUCCUUCCCGAGGCCAAGCACCACGGAGACCCCCAGAGAGGCUUCAAGCCCAAGACCAGGACCCCAGAAGAGAGGCUGAAGUGGCCCCACGAGCAGGUGGCCUCUGAUUCUGCCUCUGGAGCCUGUCUGCCCCCUCUUGAUUCAUUCAUUGGAUCCCAGAAUGGGACAACAGAAGAAGUGACUUCAGAGGAAGAGGAAGAAGAGGAGAUGGCUGAAGAUAUAGAAGACUUAGAUCACUACGAGAUGAAAGCAGAGCCGAUUAGUGGGAAAAAGUUGGAGGAUGAAGGAAUUGAAAAAGAAAAUUUGGCAAUAUUAGAGAAAAUUAGGAAGACUGAAAGGCAAAACCAUUUAAUUGUGGUUGACCCUGAUAGUCCUUUGCACAGUGAUCUUCAGAUCUUCAAAGAAAAAGAAGGCGUAGGAGAUAUUUUGCUUAACUUAUCUUUUAAGAAACUGUUGUGGUUGUCAAUUGGGUUGUCUUCCUGAAGUAUGAAUCCGGUAUGUAUUGGGUGGAGGAGCAUUAUGUAUUGAACUUCUCACAAAACAGGGCUGAAGCAGUGCCUACUCGACAGAACCAGUCAUCGUACAAAGAAAUGCCACCUGACUCAAAGGCAAAGCCAGAGUGCAGCUUGGAGCAAAGAAGGUA